AUGUGCAAACACCACCACCGUCGUUGUCACCAGCGUAACAACCGUCGUAACAGUAAACGCGAAGAUAGACAUAUUAUCUUUAAGACAAUUGUUAAAUUAAUUGCUGAUGCUAUCUCUGGUCAAUCAACUACUGAAAAGACACAACCACAGCAAAAACCAUUACCAAAACAACAAUCAUCCACAAAUAAUCGAAAACCACAAGUCGAAAGCAAUCAUUUAAACUCCAAUACCGUAACCCAAACAGAAACUUAUAUGAUGGAAGCGCCGCCGCCUUCUUAUCAAGAAGCAACAAAACCAUAUAAAGUUUAG